AUGUUUUGGGAUCGCAAGAAGGACGAACAGGUUGACGACACUGUUGGGCGGCCCUCGCGGCGGCGCAAGUUGAAUCCAGAAUUGCAGAAGCUUAUCAACCAAGAAGAAGAAUUCCUCGAUCAGCUUUAUGACGGCCGGUAUGGACAAGCUGGCAUAUCUGAUCAGUCUCCACCUGGCAGCUCUGCAGAUUCCAUCGAGACUCCUUAUCGCUACGCUGCGUACGCGACACGCAUCAAGACCCUUCUCCUUUCGGCACACCGUUAUGUCGCCUACACAUCCGACAUCGGUGAAUCCUUUCGGCCUAUAGCACACCCCUGGCUUGUACGAACUGCCUACGGUGUAUCUUGGGCCUAUAUCUUUGGAGAUGUUGCGAACGAAGGAUACAAGGCGUAUAUGCGGAACCAACGUAUCCUCAUCCCCAAAGACGAGGCAUACCGUUCCGCCGUCGCGACUCCCACUGGCCAAGACGUAGACUCACAUGUCGUUGCCAAGGAGGGUUUGCGGCAGCACCAAGCUUUAGUAAAGUACGGCAAAGUCACCUCCGAUCCUCAUUCAAUUUCUUGGAAUGAUCCUGAGGAGGAUACGUUGACGCCAUGGCCGACGAAGAGGAUUCCAUUGAGUGAAGAUUACAGAUCGAUUAUGGCCGAAAGAGCGGUGUUUCAAGGCCUUGCUAGUAUGGGCUUGCCGGCGUUUACCAUCCAUUCGGUUGUGAGAUAUUCUGGAAACGCGUUGAAGGGUAUAAAAUCCGCUUUCUUGAGGACAUGGGCUCCCAUUGGGCUCGGCUUAUCCAUCGUUCCCUUUCUACCAUAUGUCUUCGAUAAGCCAGUUGAAGAAGCGGUCUCUUGGUCUUUCCGCAAAGCUUUCCUAGCUAUCGGAGGCCCUGAGGCAGUUCCCAAAAGUGAAAUUGAAGAUAGCUCUGUUUCCAGGGCCAUUGAGACCUUUGAAGAGAGACGGCAUCGCCGACGAGAAGAGCGAGAACGGAGACGUGCUGAAAGACAGGCUCUUCUCGAAAAUACGAAAGAAGAAUAAACUAGCCGAAUUUCUAAAGAACCCAAAAAGCACCUCUGAAAGUCAGUUUUUACUUUGUAACUAGCAUUUUCUUUCCUUUUUUGUUGUGCACAGGCUAGGUGAUCCUCACUUUUCCCUUUAUCACAUCAUGGAGUCUUUGUUUAUGGAGUACAAGUAUUUUAUAUGCAUCUUUGUCAUGCCAGUUUGUGGUAUUUUGCUAUGACUCUAAACCCUGCUCUUUUCUGAAUACAUAUAGUAUAUAUAGCCUACAUAUCCAAGCGAGUGGAAUUUAC